CCCUCACCCCCAUUGCAGAGCAGCUGGGGGCAGGAGCAUCCACUUCUCCCACCCCCCCUUGCAGACCCCCCCUCACCCCCAUUGCAGAGCAGUUGGGGGCAGGAGCAUCCCCUCUUCUCACCCCCAUUGCAGACCCCCCUCACCCCCAUUGCAGAGCAGCUGGGGGCAGGAGCAUCCAUUUCUCCCACCCCCCCUUGCAGACCCCCCCUCACCCCCAUUGCAGAGCAGCUGGGGGCAGGAGCAUCCCCUCUUCUCACCCCCAUUGCAGACCCCCCUCACCUCCAUUGCAGAGCAGCUGGGGGCAGGAGCAUCCACUUCUCCACCCCCCCUCGCAGACACCCCCCCUCACCCCCAUUGCAGAGCAGUUGGGGGCAGGAGCAUCCCCUCUUCUCACCCCCAUUGCAGACCCCCCUCACCCCCAUUGCAGAGGAGCUGGGGGCAGGAGCAUCCCCUCUUCCCACCCCUCCUUGCAGACCCCCCCUCACCCCCAUUGCAGAGCAGCUGGGGGCAGGAGCAUCCACUUCUCCACCCCCCCUUGCAGACCCCCCUCACCCCCAUUGCAGAGCAGCUGGGGGCAGGAGCAUCCCCUCUUCCCACCCCCCCUUGCAGACCCUCCCUCACCCCCAUUGCAGAGCAGCUGGGGGCAGGAACAUCCCCUCUUCUCACCCCCAUUGCAGACCCCCCUCACCCCCAUUGCAGAGCAGCUGGGCGCAGGAGCAUCCACUCCUCCCCCCACAUUGCAGACCCCCUUUACCCCCAUUGCAGACCCAGCUGGGGACGGAAGCAUCCACUCCUCCACCCCCCAUUGCAGACCCCCCUCACCCCCAUUGCAGAGCAGCUGGGGGCAGGAGCAUCCACUCCUCCACCCCCCAUUGCAGUUCCCCCCCACCCCCAUUGCAGAGCAGCUGGGGGCAGGAGCAUCCACUCUUCCACCCCCCCAUUGCAUACCCCCUUCACCCCCAUUGCAGACCCAGCUGGGGACGGAAGCAUCCGACCCCCACGCAGGGGGCCAGCAGUUCAGAACAGACACCCGUGAUCAUCUAGACAGACCUCCUGUAUAACACAGGACUUCCUGAACUAAUUCCGGUUGGAACUAGAGCAGAUCUUUUAGAACAGCUCCAAUCUUGAUUUAAAAUUUCCCUGAGACGGAGACUGUAGCACAGCCUUUGGUUGGAAAUGGAGGAUGUCUGUUGGAUGCUGUGACUAGGAUGCUUUCGCAAGCCAGAGUAUCCCUGCUAAUCAUUGCCUGAUCAAUGGCUCAGAAGUGCAGGAGCGGAUAGAUUUUUAAACACCUCCUCAGAGAUGCCUGAUGAGACGCUUCAAAACAGCAGCGGGAUGGAGGAAGCAGUGCAGAGGGAGAACAAGGCUGGAACACGCAGUCCGCACCGAGGCUCCCUGCGGAGAGCUGUGGCUACGGCAGUGACCUUUGAUGGAGAAGCCACUAUGGACAGAAGGAAAAAGAAAAAGAAAGAGUCCCGUCCAGAGUCUAUUAUAGUUUAUCGGUCGGAGAAUGAAAAUAAGGUGGAAGAAGAGCAGGCGGAUGAGGAAGGAAGGGAGAGAAGUUCAGAAGAAGGCUCUAAGUUCUUGGGAAAUUCCGUGGCAGAUGGUGCCUGGAGCAUGCCCUUAGACAGCCGAUAUGUUACUUUAACUGGAACUAUCACAAGAGGGAAGAAGAAGGGCCAGAUGGUGGACAUCCAUGUUACGCUAACCGACAAAGAGCUACAGGAGCUGGCUAAGUCAAAGGAGCCUCCAAAAGAUGAGACACCAGAAGGGAAGAAGACUUGCGACAUUGGAUUGGACAGGGGCCCCCAUGUCCUGCUCUGGAGCAUCAUCUGCCUUCCUGUCAUCUUUGCAGUGUCCUUUGUGGUUUCCUUUUACUACGGGACCAUCACUUGGUACAACAUCUUCUUGGUGUACAACGAAGAGAGGACCUUCUGGCACAAGAUCACCUUCUGCCCCUUACUGAUUAUCUUCUAUCCUGUCAUAAUCAUGGUCAUGUCUUUCUUCCUAGGCUUGUAUACGGCAGUUACUCAGAUUGCGUGGUCCUUCGGUGGCUGGUGGCAUGCCGUGAGUGAUAUGGAGAAGGGAUUCUGUGGCUGGUUGUGUAGCAAGCUGGGCCUAGAAGACUGUUCCCCAUAUAGCAUUGUUGAGCUGCUAGAUUCUGACAAUAUCUCAGGUAGUCUGUCUGGCAAAGGCUCUGCACAGGGUGUUGAGACUUCAACAGUUUGAGGCUUUGUGCUGCCUGUCUCUGACUUUCUUGUUCACAUGUAUUCUGAAUGGUGCACCACACAAAGAACUAUGCUGCCUUUUUUAUGUUGGAGCACACACAUAGAGAAUGAAAACUUGGGAGUUGGGGGGAAGAGGGGACGUGAAAUGUGUACAGAGCACCAAAAAAUGCCGGAUGAGAGUCUGGCAUUUGUUGUCAAAUGAACAUGCAUGGUUAUGUAAUAGGGCUGCUUAGCUGAUCUCUUUAAUAUUUGGUUUUAGCAAAUCACAACUGUAUGUAAUUGUGAGAAGAUCCAGGUGUGUGGGGUUAAGGUGGGAAGCUGUAUAGGUAUGUUGGGAUGAGUGGCAAAAGCUCCGUACUUCUGCAAAAGGCCGUUCUAGUUUUAGGGUGGAAAGGAUGGACCAUAUAGUGAUUAUAGACCUAGCUAAAGGAGUCUGUUCUCUGGACAAUCCCUGUACCCAACACCUGCUGAAAUCAGGAGAUCUGUGCUUAUGUGGUGCUAGAGGCUAGAUUGAAAAGUGCAUGGUGUUACUAAAGUUGUCUUAGAAACCAGUUGUGACAGGUUCGGUCUCGGAGACCCCCUUGGGACUGUCACCUGAUGUGCUGAGACUAUCUCUGAGCCAUUUUUCUCUACCAACGUGGGAUUCCGGAACCCUGCCUUGUUGACACAGACAUGCUAGCCUGAUGCAAGACAGACUCAGGUCUGGUCCAUGCCCCUAAAGCUACAGACUUUAACCAAAAACUGCUCAGCAGGUCACCUAUCUCCAGCACUGAGACACCCAGUUCCCAAUGGGAUCCAAACCCCAAAUAAAUCUGUUUUACUCUGUAUAAAGCUUAUACCGGAUAAACUCAUAAAUUAUCCCCCCUCUAUAACACUGAUAGAGAGAUAUGCACAGCUGUUUGCUCCCCCAGGUAUUAAUCACUUACUCUGGGUUUAUCAAUAAACAAAAGUGAUUUUAUUAGGUAUAAAAAGUAGGAUUUAAGUGGUUUCAAGUAAUAACAGACAGAACAAAGUAAGUUACCAAGCAAAAUAAAACAAAACACGCAAGUCUAAGCCUAAUACCUUAAGAAAUUGAUUACAGGUAAAUCUCACCCUCAGAGAUGUUCCAGUAAGCUUCUUUCACAGGCUAGAUUCCUUCCUAGUCUGGGCCCAGUCCUUUCCCCGGUACAGUCCUUGUUAGUUCCAGCAGGCAUUUUCGGUGAAAAGCAGAGGCUUUCUCGUGACUGGGACCCCCCUUUGUUCUGUUCCACCCCCUUUUAUAUCUUUGGCACAAGGCAGGAAUCUUUGGUCUCUCUGGGUUCCCACCCUUCCUUCUAAAUGGAAAAGCACCAGGUUUAAGAUGGAUUCCAGUAUCAGGUGACAUGUUCACAUGUCCUGUGAAACCCCUCCAUUCUUCCGGGGCUGGCCCGCACUUAUACAGGAAGCCUUUCAGGUAAAUAAACCAUUUACAACCAAUUGUCCUAGUCAGUGGGAGCAAUCAAGAUUCUAAACCACCAUUAAUGGCCCACACUUUGCAUGAUUACAAUAGGACCUCAGGGUUAUACUUCAUAUUCUUAGUUUCAGAUACAAGAAUGACACAUUCAUACAAUUAGGAUGAGCACACUCAGUAGAUUGGUUUCAGAGGAACAGCCGUGUUAGUCUGUAUUCGCAAAAGAAAAGGAGUACUUGUGGCGUAUUGUAUACGUAGAGAUUGUAUACAAUAGAUAUUGAAUUGUAUACAACCGCAUUUGCUCCAACCCCUCAGACAGAGACAAACACCUACAAGAUCUCUGUCAAGCUUUCUUACAACUACAAUACCCACCUGCAGAAGUAAAGAAACAGAUUGAUAGAGCCAGAAGAGUUCCCAGAAGUUACCUACUACAGGACAGGCCUAACAAAGAAAAUAACAGAACGCCACUAGCGGUCACCUUCAGCCCCCAACUAAAACCCCUCCAGUGCAUUAUUAAGGAUCUACAACCUAUCCUAAAGGAUGACCCAACACUCUCACAAGUCUUGGGAGACAGGCCAGUCCUUGCCUACAGACAGCCCCGCAACCUGAAGCAAAUACUCACCAACAACCACAUACCACACAACAGAACCACUAACCCAGGAACUUAUCCUUGCAACAAAGCCCGUUGCCAAUUGUGCCCACAUAUCUAUUCAGGGGACACCAUCACAGGGCCUAAUAACAUCAGCCACACUAUCAGAGGCUCGUUCACCUGCACAUCCACCAAUGUGAUAUAUGCCAUCAUGUGCCAGCAAUGCCCCUCUGCCAUGUACAUUGGUCAAACUGGACAGUCUCUACGUAAAAGAAUAAAUGGACACAAAUCAGAUGUCAAGGAUUAUAACAUUCAUAAACCAGUCGGAGAACACUUCAGUCUCUCUGGUCACGCAAUCACAGACAUGAAGGUCGCUAUCUUAAAACAAAAAAACUUCAAAUCCAGACUCCAGCGAGAAACUGCUGAAUUGGAAUUCAUUUGCAAAUUGGAUACUAUUAAUUUAGGCUUAAAAAGAGACUGGGAGUGGCUAAGUCAUUAUGCAAGGUAGCCUGUUUCCUCUUGU